AUGGGACAAGCUUACAUUGUGGCUGCACUCAAGAGUGACAAAGGAACGACAAAGCUUGAUGACAAAGUAACUGUUAAUGCAUUCUCAGAUAACAUUACUUGUGGUAGCAAGGAAAAUAAGAAAAAGUACUAUGACAAUGUUUUCGGGCAGUUCAUUGACAGAAUCGUGCUGCAAAAGUGUGAUGAGUCACAUGAUGAUGAUGACUAUGUCAUGAACUAUGGGUUGUGUUUCAUAUUCUUGGCUAUCCUGAUAUUGCAAAUGAAAGGUACUGCUGCAGAAGUUGAUGGCCAACAGGAAUCUGGUCAAUCAAAACCUGCUGUUUGCUGUAUUCAAGUCAUUGGGAAAUUACAGCAAGUAUGCUAUUGA